UCCACAGCUGCAACAAUCCUGGUGCUGGCAACUACCAAGCUAGUGACUGCAGACUUGACGGUCACUGUGCAGCUCGAUGCAACCUACGCCGUCGAUUCCUCUCGAGGACCAGUAUGCUCUGGUCUUGGUGAUCUUCCAGUAGGAACAGCAUGUCCGCUCAAGGGGGAUGUCGCCGUAGCCGACUGCCACUCCAGUCUGCACACGUUCAAUGGGACCGACUGCGUUGCUCCGGUGGACGCCAAGUGCGUUGCUGCAGAUUCAACUUGGAGUUGCGCUUUUCCUCGU